CUGAAUAGGAAUGCAGUGUGUUGCUACAGGGGCCGCUCCCAGCUGUGGCCCCAGCCUGCGUGCAAACAGAGGUAUGAACCACUGGGUACUGUCAAAUUUAUUUUGAUGGCUCUUAGCCUUGAAGAAUGGCUGCCAUGUAUUAUGAAAAUUGUUCCCUUCAAUACUACAGUGAACUCAAUCAACCUCUUGAAGCUAGCUAUAUACUGCUCCUGCUUAUGCUUGCAAAAGUAUCCCUCAAUCUCUUCAUGUUGGGAGUUGGAAGACAAGAUAUAAAACAGCAUUUUAUGGGAUAUUUCUGUAUUUCACUGGCACUCCUUGACUUCACACAUCUGAUGAAUAUAGCUUUCAUCUCCUAUUUUGAGGACUUUGCACUUUGGGGGAUGAGAUUUACCAAGUACCAUAUUUGUCUAUUCAGUCAGAUAAUUUCCUUUAUGUAUGGCAUCAUGCAUUAUCCAGUUUGUCUUUUGUGUUUUCUGGAUUAUUACAUGACUAUAGCUCAAAACUCGAAGCCUGCUAACAUAGGUCAAAGAUUGUUUUAUAUACUUGUUGUGGUUUUUAUAUGGAUUUCAGUCCUCUUUUAUGUCCUGAAAGUUCCAGCUGUUUCUGCAGAAUUAGAAAUACAGAACCACUUUUUUACAUGCCCUCUCUAUAUCAGUGUUCAGAGCUACUGGCUGUCAUUAGCUAUCCUGUUUGUCAUAUGUGUGGCUCUUGUAAUUUGUUGGUCAGAAAUAAUAACUAUGGUGAGGACUGUCCGGAUUAUUUCCUUUACAAGUGAGACUGUUUUAAUCUUUUCAUCUGCAUCUGACUGCUAUUGCACUGUCUGUAAAAAGCAGCUUUUGACAAGACUACUCAUCUGUUUUCUUGGCACAUGGGCACCUUUCGUUUUCCUUCAGAUGAUCAUCUUAUUACUUGAUGCUCAGAUUCCAGCCUAUAUGGAGAUGAAUGUCCCCUGGCUGUACUUCAUAAACAGCUUUCUUAUUGCAACAACAUACUGGUUUAGGUGUCAUGAUAUUCAGUUGACAGAGAGGACAUGGUCUGCAGAUCCAUUUGUCAGCUGGAAAUUCUGUUUCAUCCCAUUUAACAAUCAAAAUACAGAGCAAGCUGAAAAUCCAGUUCCAGUAAUCAUCUGUUAAUGAACUGCUGUGCGAAAGGAUUGCAAAUAAAUGCUACUGUGUAUCAGAGAUGUCUGACUAUGCUAUUUUGCUGUCCUCUGUGAACACAUGCAAAUGGCUUAUACAAGGAAAUUCCUGAAACUACAAUAUGAAAAAAAAUUCAUCACAAUUCUUCAAUAUAUAAUGCAAUAAUCCAAUAUAACAGGAAAUACUGCACUUUUUUUUUUCCAAAUUAGACUUCAAACAAAAGUGGGUGUUCAAAACACAAAAUAUUUUAAUAGAAUGUGUUAUAUUUUGAAACUAUAGUUGAAAACUCUGGGUAAAUAAAAGUGUUCAAUACGUAUGUAAAAAAAAACCUGCCUGGUUUUAACAUUAAAUGCUAACAAACAAGACUGAGGUUCUUUAAAAUACAGUAGCUCUGAUGCAUGAACUUCCAUAUAAUAAAGAGAAAAAUAAAAUCUUUACCUUAAGACCUCUAUAGAUACGGACAAGCAUUAUUUACUGUCAGAAGUUUUAGCUUUAAAUACAGCUUUGUAAUUUCAGUUCUAAAAAAGUUUAACUAUUUACUAUUUAAAAUUACAGUGUCCCCUUUUUCCUCAAGGAAAGAGAAACUGUAAAAUGAAUUAAUAUAAAACUCUUGCUACUUUUGAUCUCCCAAAAUAUCAUGUAAACAAUGUUUAAAACUGUCCACAAAGGAAAAGUGGAUGAAGUACUUUUUACUGGAUCAACUUCUUUUGGUGAGAGAGAGCUCUUGGUUCUAAAGCUUGUCUCUCUCCCCAACAGAAGAUGGUCCAAUAAAAUAUUACCUCACUCACCUAAUCUCUCUAAUAUUCUGGGACUGACAUGACUACACCUUCAUUACAUAUUUAAAAAGAGACACUAGUAAGACACACAAUUACCAGGAGUAAAAUUAAGCGUGACAGUUGAAAGCUUUUUGUAAGCAGGAAAGGUAAUUUACACAACAUACAGUUUGCACUGUAGAAGCAAGUAUUAUUUGUAUUUCAUCCUUUCCAGUCUAUAUUUAGAUUACAGUAAUUUUACCAGUAACGUCAGAAUGCAGGGGCUUUUCUUACUAUGCAAAUAAAUGUAAAAAUUUAAUGUCAAAGGUUAUCUUGUUUUCCAUGUUAUUUGGUACAAAUAAAUUAAACUGUGGAUAGUAUUAAAAAUGUGAAAGAAUGACUUACUAAAUUACUCAGGGUAGGUGUAAAAGAUCUGCAUAUC